CAAUUUUCUAGUAGAAUAUAACCCUACCAUCUCGGGCGAGCGAUUUAACCUUGCUUUCAUCCACGGCGCGCCCUGUCUCUCCUCUUCCUCGCUCUUCUCUACUCUUUGACCGCCCCUCGCCAUGUCCUCCUCUAAAGCAAAGUCCAGCUCUUCCCAGUAUGCGCCCCUUUCGAGACACGAUGAUGAUGAGGACUCUAGCACAACUCUUGAGAAGCGCUCCUCCUGCGAGGACGACCACUCUGCUCCCUUAUUACAAGCCCCGGACAACCUUGCCGCUCUCGCACCGUCCAAGCCCUCCCAGCUGCCCAAGCUCAUCUUCUACUUUUCCUUCGCCCUAGCACUGCUAUCAGCUAUAAACGCUGCUCUCCUUCCCAUUACACUAUCAAAGUACCAAGCUUACCCCUUCUCUGACUCUGAACUCGAGGCCCUCCCCUAUGGCGACGCCAGGCUGGGAUUGAGCAAGGUAGCGGAAUUCAUCCCCCCUCCUCAGGCCUAUUCCCACGCCUGGCCGGAUAGAAUUGCACGGGUGAGCCGGAAAUUGAGGAAUGCCGUGUGGGGUCAUGGAGUGCAGGUUUAUAUCACUGUAGAGGACUCGACAAUCAUGCGCUUCCCCGUCCCCUCCACCGGUGUCAACGCCUGCGCGCUCCUCUGGCGGCCGCCUCCCCAGUUCUCUGCGCGUGCCAAAGAUCUCACCACCAAGGGCGAUAUAACGGAAAUCGAAGUCUGGCAGCUUAUUGCACCUUCGGCCACAUCGGCCACCGUCUCUUCCAGUCUGGACGGGCUCGACUAUGACACCUUGUCGUAUUCGACCCUUCCCGUGCGCGGAGAGCUGCUCGGCGUGUUAGACCUCACAGCCAAGCCAAACAGCACAACACUAGACUUUGCCUCCAUCGACGACAUGUCUACUCAACUCGACGCCGCCUCUCUCGCCCGUGUCUCCCUCCACGACCCCAAACACUUCAGCAUCCAGCACUCCCAGACCCUCCACCGCCUGGUGAUCCUGCAGCACUGGAACAUUCCCACUGGCUCCAAGGUGCUGGAACUAGGGUGCGGACAGGGGGACUGCACGACUGUCCUUGCCCAUGCUGUAGGCGAGGAGGGGAAGGUGGUGGCGGUCGAUCCGGCGGACUUGGAUUAUGGUAGCCCCUAUACUCUCGGUCAAGCACAGGGUCACAUCUCGCAAGGCCCGCUGGGGAAGCGGAUUACUUGGGUCCAACAAUCCCCCCUGGACUACCUGUCCUCCCUCCCCUCCCCCUCUUCCACCUCCUUACCACCCGCCAGCCAGAGUAAGGCCUUCGAUGUAGCAGUGCUCGCCCACUCCCUAUGGUACUUUGCCUCCCCUGAGCUCAUCCUUUCCACCUUUCAUGCCCUCAAGCAGCACAGCAAGCGUCUCCUGCUUGCUGAGUGGUCGCUAGUAGCGACGAACCCCUCUGCCCAGCCCCAUGUGCUAGCUGCGCUUGCCCAGGCAGCGCUCGAGUGCCGCAAACCCAAGAGCGACUCGAAUGUCCGCACGGUGCUGGGACCAAAGCGGCUUACCGAGUUGGCCCUGGCUGCCGGGUGGCAGCUGGAGAGUGAGACCCGCGUGCAAUGUGGGGAGGGGUUGUUGGAUGGACAAUGGGAAGUCUCUGCUUGUCUUGCUUCCUCUUUCGAGAGGGAAGUAGAGGAGAAUGUAGAUGAUAAGAGGGAUCAGGCAGUGGUUCUCGCGUUACGGGACGCAUGUGAGGCGAGCUUGGAGAGUGUGCAGGGGGGUAAGAAAGGAGUCAGGGCCAUGGAUGUUUGGGUUGCUAGUUUUGUCUGAUGAGGCGAGCUGAGUGUAUCCUAGCCCUCUUCCAAUCCCAUUCUCUGACUCUGCUUUACUUGGGCAACUCGAUUUAAAAUGCAACUAUUCAGACUGAAGCGCCAUAUAAACAGUAACACUUUGUGCCCUCCGCUCUUGCCGCCCUUCCUUUGCCCAGGAUCAGACACCGCAUACUUCUCACCAUCAUCCAGGCCUCAGCUUAGGGGGUGAGGACUGUUAGCCUAGUAUCUAGUAAUGACUUCCAUCAAGCAAAGGAUUCCUG